UUCACGUCUCACUCACUCAAGGCUGCGCAUAGAAGCCACCAACUUCAACUUCAACUUCUUCUCAGUAGUACUUAUCAUGGCGAGGAGAAACGAGUAUCGCAUCAGGAAGGUGGAGUCGAUCACGAAGCGGCUGCUGCUUGCCUUCGCUGGCCUUCACGGCCUGGUAAAUGGGGAGAAUCUUAUGGAACUGGUAAAUGGGGAGAAUCUUAUCGGCUUUUACCUUUCAUAUGGUAAAAACCAAACCAUGGAGUCAGUGAGUGUUCAAAAAUACUUUGCUUCUAUUAUACAAGACCAUCCAACAACAAGCUAGACUAGCGGGUAGAGUUCGUCUGGGAAAUCUUAGGCAGUCUGCCGAGUAGAUUCACAUCAUCAUACAAGGUCGGGGCUUACUAGGUAUAGCGACGCUCAAAGCACAUAGAGUAAAACAGCCAGUUAGUUUUCCCUCUAUUCUUAGGUCUAUCCCUACAUGCAGUAUGGAGUACAGAUUUUUGCUAGGUAGGCAGCUCGGAUCUUCUCAAUCAACAUAGUACUAGAAAAUGAUCCAGAAAAUUAUACGUGCUUCCCAGCUUAUAGAAGAUGAUGAAAGUUUAGGCAAAAGUACUUGUUCUGAGAACAAGAAGCAAAUACUACCCUCUACUUUUCCUCUCCCUCUCUCUCUACUCUCUCUAAUUACCUACGCGGCAGUGGUGUAAAAUGCGGGGCUUUUGAGAAGAGCUGGCUCUCCUGGUCGUCUCCAACGAUCAAGUUGUUACGGAAGUUUGAUCGUAAGCACCACAGCUGUAAUGAUUCAAUAAACAAGAUUUAUCGUCCGUUGCAGGAGUGAAAAAAAGGUCAUCUGUUUUUUUAGAGAAGUCAAAUUAUUCUUUUUUUGUCUAACUCUAAGGUCUACCUGGUUAGUGGUAGGAUCCCCUUGUUAAAGAUUUAUUUGCGUUGUUCUUUCUGCUUUGAACUCGAAGCUUAUUUGUAAGCUGUUACUUACUUAUUUGUGCUUUCUGUUGCUUUGUUCUCUCUUUUUUUGGAACAAGCAGGUGAAGAAGUAGGGAACAAAAGAAAUAAGUGCUCAAAUUUACUCUAAGGGUGAAGGACAUCUGCGGUGGAUCGGAGAAAGUGAACACGAACAACCUGAAGGCUUAUGAAUUGUGUUGCAGGUUCAGGUUGUACUGAUUUGAAGGAGCAGAUUGUACUGAAAUAGUACAAUGAUCUCCAGUUCUUGGCCUAUUGUGGUCGCGGCCUAUAGUACAAGAACUUCUUCUGUCCUACACAGUGAAAAAAAAUAUACGAUGCUCCUGCUCCUCGAUCAUGUCGCUAAGAAAUGAUAAUACCUGGGUUCAGUUCGGAUGCCAAACGAGACCUGGAGAGAAGGCUGAAAGCAGCCAGAAAGGCCGAAAAGGAAUCGAAUUUAAGAAGGCGUCUCGUACGUCCUUGAGUAUGAUCUUCUCCAUAAAAGGAAUAGACACUUAUGGAUACAUGUAUUGUUCAUAAGUGUUUUUUAUUAUCAUGUGCGGCGCCAACCUCGUUCCCAUCAAAAGUUCCGAGAUGAGUGGUUUUAGGGCCAUAGCAGUCUAGGAGUACUCUGGGCAAUCUCUAACAAGACGGCAUGAUGAAAGUUCAGCAGAUUUGAUGACCGAGGCGCGGAAGCAGGUGGCUAGCACCUGUUGCUAUUCAACAAGCAGGAACAAGCAGGAUAUGGCUAAGCAGGCAGGAACAAGCAGGCUAGAGGACGAUCUUAUGACGGGUUGUUUUGUGUGACUAAGUUCAUUGUUAGGAGAAAACUCAACUAAGGACUGCAAAAAUCCGGACAAAAUUCAAUCUUCUCGGGCAUGAUACGAAUCCGCAGAACACUCGCCGCCUACUGCGCUCCCUUCUGGAAAACCCUCACCCAAUUGCGAGCCAAGAACCUCGGGCGCCCUCCAAAUCCCCGCGCCCCUCCAGAAUCCCCCAGCAUACAUUUGCAGGCUGGUGCGGUGGACUCUGGAGGGGCGCGGGGAAUCACAUAAAACGAAACCAAAAGACAGAAAAACCAAGAGAGAGCAAGUUGCAAAAGUCGCUAAGCGAAGCACUUCCAGGACGAGGAGGCGACAAUAAUGACCGUUUUUGUGCAGUUCUUAGUUGACUUAGCGCCAUUCUAAUCAGCCACCUGCAGAAGCACGAGAGGCGCAGCGAGCACGCUACACCAUCGAAACUUAACAAAAAGAGGAGGCGGGACGCCCUUUGGCUCGUCUGUUGCGCUGCGGGCUGCUCCCCUGGGCAGUGCUCUCCCAACACAUGCCAACUCGCUCACCCGAGUGGGCUGGUUCUUCAGAUGCAACAACUAGCAAAGCGCGCGCGGGCAAGGUAGUCAAGCUACAAACUUCAAAGCAACACGGUGGCACGUGCUUGCUUCUGUUCGGGUUGUUGUGUCAAAUAGGUGACCUCGGUUGCAUGUUGACUAGCUACUUCAUCUAUUACCUUAGAACUGGCUCGCCCAGUCGUUGGGGUUCUCUAGUAGGUUACUACUGGAGGAGUCUGCCGCGCUCUUAUUAGCAUGAUACAAGUUCUCGAGGUCGAAAAAGUCUUCAUCUAGAUGCAGAUCCUCCUCCUCAGUAUAUGAAUCAACAACAUCGUCUUCAGACAAGAGGCGCUCGCGCUUCUUGUUGUUGUUGUUGUUGUCCUCCCCGCCCUCAGGGGUAACCCCAGCGACCAUACUUUUUACGAAAUUAUGUGCGCACAAGGGGCACAAGGACUCCGACGCCCUCGUGGUAGCGAAGGAGGGGGGGGUGCUUCCACGAUAUGCCACCGCGGAAGCAGCGCCCCUUCUUUCCCAUGAAUGCGUCGAUAUUUGCCCGAGUGAAAUGGCGGGAAUUGGUUUCCAUCGUAUUGUAUGAGCAUCCAAUCAAAUGUAAAUGCUUGAGCAUCACAGCCGUUCGCCCUUUUUGCGCACAUAGAAAGUCCCUCGCGCCUUCGGUUAAGUUCAGCCAGCUCACGCCGCUGAUCCCGGAGAUAUUCGUCGAGAAAUCGUUAGCAUUUAGAAAUAUAGCAUGCUCAGAUAUCCCCUCAAGUGGGAACUUGUCCUCUUCGAUUUUCAAUCGGAAGUAGAACACUUUGUUAUACGGUAUCCCACUCUUGCUCGGAGGCAUGAAUAGUCCCUCCAUGGCGUUGAUAAUCGUGGACUUCCCAGUUCCUUUCGCCCCAGAGAAACACAAGACGCGCGCCCGGUCUGGAAAUUUGCCGUCUAGCGCAGCCUUCAACCAAUGCCCAAUUUUCUCCCUGGAGGUUUCACCAUCUUCGUAGACCUCUUUUUCGUCAUGGAAAUCUAUGCCCUGGAUUAACGAAGCACACAACUCCCCUGGCGUCUCACAGGUACACUCCUGCUGGCCCGCUCGCUCGUAAAAGAAGCGAAAGGAGAUCCUCUCCUUCCGCAAGUUAUUCGACAAGACGCGGUCAUGUAUUGCGGGGAUUAGAAGACGAGAACGAGCAAGGGCUUCAGAGCAAGAAAAGACCUAAGCGGACUGAAGGGAACGCCGCUGAUUUUCGUUCCCCUAAGAAGUGAAACUAUGAAGGACUAUAGCUAUACACUGCGAGCCUACUGUCCGUAAUUUGUACUCCGCAUUUGCUCGCUCGCCCUCCUUGGAGAUCCAGCGAGACAUGCGCAGGUAAGGUAUGGCGGCGAGGCCCUUGCCCUGGUGCUCGUCGCACUUCUGCGCGAUAUACGCGGAGAAGUCACUCAGCGUCGCUAACUGUGGAUGGUUGGAAACGACAGAGUAAAUGUCCUCCCGAUUACAGGGGCGCCGGGCGAGACCGGAGAUCUGCUUUCCCUGUUAAACUUAGACGCUGACCCCCGCCCUGGAGGUCUUAUGAGGGCACCCACCUUCGAUGCCCUUUCUUGGUGGCAGCCCUCACCGAGCCUAGACCCCCCCCAGCGGUAGCCUUAAUCAUCCAAGAGCUGACGCGGGAGCUCCAUGUUUAGGAGGAGCGGCUCCAAGUCGAUGAUAAACUUGCCCUCGUUUGGAACCAUCAAGUACUUCAGUAGCCGCAUGCGGUGGCUGAAAGUCCCAACAUUUUCGAUGACGCAGUGUCGCGCAUCCAUGACAGUGCCCUCCUCCUUCUUGAGAUAUUCCCAAACAUAAAAAGCAAUGUCGCACUCCGUGUGUUUGGAGCGGCCAGCGAAUCCAAGGUAGGUGUGGUGGUGCAGUUCGUCACUCUUGUGUGGCUCCUGAAAAACCCCCAGACUAACCUUCUUCAGAAAUUCAGCCGGCGACAUCUUUGCCCUCAGCUUCUUAUCACGCUCAUCCAAGAACGCCUUUACCCCUCUUCUGAAGCGCGAAAGAGUGUCCUCCUUCGAUAUUGGUGACAAGCAGCCUGGCUUGUCCGAGUGGCUCCAAGUGAAAACCACGUCCUUAGCGCAGCACCCCUGCGUGAGAAUGCUGGAAGCCUCAUGCUUCUUAGCCCCUCCGAAGAAGCUCUCGACGGCGUCGUCGAUGGUCUCCUUCUUCUUCGGUGCCAUGCUGGCAACGAACCGACAAAAAAGAAAAACGAACCACCUACCAAAAAGGGGCAAAAAUGGCGACGCCCAUGGGGUUACAGAAGUCCACAAAAAAGGCGACCAGCAUGCUACUAGAACGCACCCAACAGAAGAGCGACAAAGAAAGCCCGAAAUGCAAGAAACUAAGCGGCAACCAGCUCGAAAAACGCCACGAAAUUGAGUAAGCCUCUCUAUUGCUUGCCGCUUUCCUGCUCGCAAGGCCAAUUUUGGAAAAAAAUCUGAAGACAUCUUUUCAGUUUUUUCAUCAAAAAAUGCCUAGCGAGCAGGAAAGCGGCAAACAAUAGAGAGGCGUACUCAAUUCCGGCGAAACCCCCGCAAACUUCCCCGCUGAAAUACUUCAAAAGAGUGCGAAAAGCGCCAGCAAAUCGCCCCGACAAUCUGCAAACACACGGCGGCGCGCGUCCUCAAGGGUCUGACCAUUUAAAGGCGGCGGCGUGUCUCUCUUCCUUGUAACUAAUCCCACGCGCGGCCCGUCUAAGUACGUUCUACACUCAUGGAGCUGAGGAGGCUACCGGUGUGCACUCAGGCAACUACUGGAAAAAGUAGAGGCCAUUACUAUCUAACCUAGUUUAGACCUGUUGGCCACGCCAGUGGAACUUCUUUCCCAAACGCUCUAAAAGCAGCGAAUCAUCUUCCCCCUCAACAUCGCCCCCCGGGCUACUUCCCUGGCCCUGCUCUAAGCCUUCAGGCGCGUCAACUUCCUCCCCAUCCCCAGAGGAGUCGCCAUCUAGUGGCUCAUCAAUGAGACAAAGCAAGAACUUAGGUGAAGCGAUCUCCUUCCCCUCCACAUAUAUACAGCCACCAUAGCGCGCGAACGUGUGGAACGCGGUCAAGCGUGGCACGGUAAGCGUGUGCCGCUUCUUAGGCUCUGCGCGGGGGUCCAAGACUAAACCAAAACCCGGCAAGUUGGCAGCAAGCUGCUCCAGUGGCGUGCCCGGUUCAUAACAUCGCAGGACCCCUCUCGCGCUAGCUAUAAAAGCAUCUGCGACGGAUUUCCCAUGUUUUUCGGCGAAAAAGUUGACAGAUACGGACGAGCAAAAACCCAAGAAAGAGCCCGGGCCGUCAAAUAGCAUAGUGCCAACAAGUUCCAAGCAACGAAAUCCCCGGGCCGUAUCGCUGUAGAAUGAAGUAGAGUCCAUAUUCGGACAGAGUUCCCGCACCUUCUGCAAAGCCGUGGCCAAAAAUUGCAGCGUAAUGCGCCCCGUCUUCCGCAUGCCUUUUGCGGUGGAAAUCACUGGGAUGCUCACACCCACUCCGCCGAAAAAUAUAACCACGCUAAGGAGCUCAUGGGUAGACCCUAAGCUGAAAAAUUCCGCGCUGGUUCCCCGGUUAGAAGUAAGCCGGACCCCACCAGCGAAGUCAAAAAUGGCCACGACAUUCGUCAAGCUGGCACAAGCCACAGCCGCGUCAAACUCCUCCCGUAUGCGCGCCGCGAGUGCUUCAUGCUUUUCCAGAGCUUGAAAAAGCUCCUUGUGUUGCGCUGGCACUUUCCCCGGCUUUUCACAUGCCAAGGCCUCUGCCCGGAUUAGUCGCUGGGAAUCCAAAGAGGAAACCACCCCAGAACCCCGCAGGAUAUACCUCACCCGGAGGGCCUUCAGCCUCUCACAAUAAUCACAUAGGUCCCGGCUCUUCGGCACUCGCUUCGCAGGGCUGUGCCGCAUCGCAGUCGAAACAGAAACACCCGCAGCAGCUGCCACAUUCGUGGCCAAAGCAGUCGCCGGGCUCGUGAAUAUAAACCCCCCACGACUGUCCCGGCCAACCUCCGGGCGGUUCUUCCAAGCUUCUGCAACACGCUCACGGCGGUCGACUGCUUGAGCAGAUGACGCACGUCGUCGCUUGUUCGGGCUGCUGCUGUUCACGUCAGCCGGCUCAUGGCGAGACACCGAGGCAAACGCGGCCCAUUUUCCCCGUGAAAUUGAGGGCAGCGCCCUUAUGAUCGUCUCUUUCUCUUCCGCCUUGGUGUCGGGCUGGUUCAUGAAGUUGCACAACUCCAAGAAGAUGGCGCAACCAUCUGCCCCGAGAAGGGGGCAACAAUCAGACGACAAGAACCCACCAGACUUCAAAACCUCCCGCAGAUUCGCGGCACGCCGUCGGCGUUGCCUCUCCCCCAGGUCUGCGACACCCUCAGACACAGGCCGGCCCGCGCGCGGCUCCAUUUUUUUAAUUGCCUGACAGUGUGCAGCUCUUUUCGCUAGUAAUACAAAGACAAAACACACCCAUAAACAAAUGCGGCACCCUUGUGCACAGCGCAGCCCCUGCGCAUGGAUGCGGGCGGCGGCGGCGUCGGCGGGCUUCCUUCACGAUGCGUUCCCCCCUGGCUGUGCGUCCCCCCUGGCUGUGCGUCCCCCCUGGCUGUGCGUCCCCCCUGGCUGUGCGGCCCCCCCUGGCUGUGCUUGAGGCAGCGGGCGCCCCUGGGUGUUUACAGCAAAGCCCUGGCGCGUGCAGCGGCGAGCGCCCUCGCGCGGGCUGCGGCGGCGGGGGCAGGCUCUCCCUGUGUAGUUACCCUACCCGGCGCGAGAGCCUAGGGGCGCCGGGCGUUCAUCGAAGGGGGCACACACACACACACACACACACACGCACCCAGAAAACAAAACACCAGCGGGGGGCAGGCUCUCCCUAAUUAAUACCCCCACCCGGCGCGAGAGCCUCGGGGCGCCGGGUGGUCAAAAGUCGAACACUUAACAACAUGAAAAGACCCACGAACGAAGAACCUCGGGCGGAGUGUCUCAAACCUCUCCGAUUAUGGCGAAAAAUUCGACCACAGACAAGUGGAGUUAGAAUGGAGAAAAUUCAACUAAGGACUGCAAAAAUCCGGACAAAAUUCAAUCCUCUCGGGCAUGAUACGAAUCCGCAGAACACUCGCCGCCUACUGCGCUCCCUUCUGGAAAACCCUCACCCAAUUGCGAGCCAAGAACCUCGGGCGCCCUCCAAAUCCCCGCGCCCCUCCAGAAUCCCCCAGCAUACAUUUGCAGGCUGGUGCGGUGGACUCUGGAGGGGCGCGGGGAAUCACAUAAAACGAAACCAAAAGACAGAAAAACCAAGAGAGAGCAAGUUGCAAAAGUCGCCAAGCGAAGCACUUCCAGGACGAGGAGGCGACAAUAAUGGCCGUUUUUGUGCAGUUCUUAGUUGACUUAACGCCUUAAUAAUAAUAACAAUACGUCUCUACGGUCAUCAGGAAAGUUGACAACAGGGACGCACACAUGCGUUCUGAAGUUACUUCUAGUCUGUUUUUAUCGUACACCUGGACACAGCGUACUUGUAGAACGGUAUGACUGGUUCCACUUCUGUAGUCUGUUUUUGACGUACUGUACUUAGUCCCGUGAUCUUGCACAUUCGCAUUUCAAUGUGUCAUUUCAGUCUUUGCGAAUGUGUACAUCAAAUGUACAACAUUUCGCUUUAGAGGCUCUAAUGUUGCUGGUUGCUGUGGAGCAGGCGAGAAGACGCCCCCCAAGGACAAGGUAAACGGAAAAGGAAAAGGUGACAAGAAGAAGAAGCCAAGGUCUUAGAAACCAGCAGUACUAGUAGAAGUACUAGUAGAAGGGCUAGAAGUACUGACUAAGGACUAUAAUUUAACCACUAAAUAAGCUAAGUAAGAGUAUUCUCCUUAUCAAGUAUACAUAGUUUGAGUUUGGUCUGAUCAUUGACACGACUUGUUAUAUCACAUUGAUUCAUUGAAACACCGAAUGUUGACAAUUAUGCACGACAUCUGGAACGUCUAUUGGAACGUCUAUAUUCUUAUUUAUUUGUAAGAUCUUGUUGACAUCUAACUAACAGCAUCUUCUGUAUGCCACCUGUAAAACUGACAUCCAGUAUUGAAAAACUCAACCCAGUCUCGGCUACAGAUAUCCCAAUCCAACUGUCAUCACUUUGGAAUAGCCGUAUUAACUCAAAUCAUUGACAUAAAUUUGAAUUUUUAGGAACGAUCUCAAAGAGAGGACCUUGUUGACUACAAUUGUAUCUUCUACCUCGUAGGACAUCAAGAACUACAAGUGCAGCUUUUACACAGAACCUAGGGCACCAAAAUCAACUACCAUUGCUCUGUACAACAGGCAGCUCAGUCACUCAAAUUACAAAAGUGAUUAAGAAACAGGUACUUUUGAGGAGAUCCAG